AUGUGGACGGCGAUCAAUCCGCAUCCUCGCGUGUCGGACGUGGACGUGGCGAGGUUCGACUACGCCGCGUAUGCGUGGCAGGACAUCAAGGUCGAGUUGCGCCCGGAUGGCGUCGCGAUCGUAUGGCUCGACAGGGCCGAGCAGUACAACACCUUUACGGGGCCCAUGGCGUUCUCGAUCGUAUUUGCGUUUGAGCUGUUCGACGCCGACGACCGCGUAAGAGUUGCUGUCAUCACCGGUGCGGGUGGCAAGGUGUUUUGCGCAGGCGCCUAUCUCGCCCAGGGGUUCGGGGCGAUUGCUGACCAUGCGCAGGGCCAUCGCGAUGGAGGCGGCCAGGUCGGGCUCGCCAUUCUGCGGUGUCGCAAGCCGUCCAUCGCCGCGAUCAACGGAAACGCCAUCGGCAUCGGCGUCACCAUGACGCUCUCGUGCGACUUCAGGUUGGUCGCAGACAACGCCAAGGUGGGCAUUCCGUUUGUCAAGCGCGGUAUAGCCAUGGAGGCGUGUUCGUCGUACCUCCUCCCGCGACUGGUGGGCGUGUCCAAGGCGAUGGACAUUAUCCUGACGGGCGAAGUGCGCGCUCCUAGCGAUGAGAGCUAUGCGGCGCUGUGGACGCGCGCCCCCCUGCCGCAGAACAAGGUGCUCGACGAAUCGCUCAAACUCGCCGCCACCCUCGCCCAGAACAGCGCCGUCUCCAUGGCGCUGUGCAAGGCGCAGAUGUGGAGACAGCUCGACUCGCCCGAAGACGCACAUCUGCUCGAAAGCCAGGGCAUCUGGGAAACAAGCAGGCUCGACGGCCUCGAGGGCGCAAAGAGCUUCCUCGAGAAACGCAAGCCCCAGUUCCCGGGAACCAUGGCCGACCUUGACCGAUUCGCCUUUUGGCCGUGGUGGAAGCAGACCGACGUAGCAAAGUACCCGCGUGGCCCCGAAUCCCUGCGUGCCGCCACCGCCCUCGCACCCAAGAGCAAGCUGUAG